AAGAAAAAAAAGAAAGAGAAAGAAACUGCCCUAAAAUUAAUACAAAUUACAAAAUUCAAAAUAGGAAGUCCACUUUCAUUAUUCGUUGUUCAUUCUAAUCGAGACAGGAAGAUGCAUCUAUGGCCUUCAACAAGGAUCAGAGACUCUUUCAAGCAUGCUUACAUCAAAAAGUUGGAAUGGAACCUCCACAGAAUGAAAAUCCAAAAGCAUCAGCACCAAUCUUCUAGCAAACAGAACUUGUUGGAUAAAGAAAACGUUUCUGAUGCUGCUGACGGCGAAACUUCAGACCGUUCUCCUUCAGUUUCUUUUGGUCAACGAGUACUUGAAUUCUUCUCAGAACUCCUUCAUCUUCUCUCCUGUUGUUACUGCUGCUAUUGCUGCGGAGCUUGCCUCUCGGACCAAGAAGAACAGUAAUAUUGACGAAGAAUAGAAGCUUGGAAUUGAUAAAGAUAGCUGAUUGAUGCAGAUGAUAUUUACAUUAUGUGUACUGUAUAGUAGUCUUAGCCAUUGACAGGUAAUUCUAGCAUUAUGAACACUAUAUUGAUCUCCUUUUCUUUUCAUUAGGUUGAAGAUAUUGUUAAACCGAUAACCAAGGAAUAGUAUAUACAGUCAACUUGGAUCUAGAAGCUGCCUACAUAUCUCAGUUCGUCUAGACACGCUCUAAAAAUUAAAGCUUCUCUCAAACAUUCGUCUUCUAUCUUGGUAAAAGCUAGAUUUGGAAAAUCUUCCUAGAUAUAAAAUCAUCAGGUACGGUAUAUUAAGUACAGAAAAAGAUAUUUUUACAGAAGACUUAGCUUGACUUAAGGAGUUCAUCGGUCACUCAGAGAACAUCGUGGUCGAUUUGAAGGGUAUAUACUCUUUACCAAGUCUAUUAAGGAUCCUAAUGUCUAUAAGAAAGUUGGAUUUAGGAUUUGGUAAAGGGAUUCAAGAGAUUCCACGUACCUUCCUCCAAACUUCAAAGUCAAUAUCCAAACCAUUGAAAGACCCAACACGUUAUUUACGUCAGGCAGGUCUAUAUAAUGAACUUUGUUUAAGUUGAAUAAACUUUGCAUCAUGGUCCUAGGGAAAAGCAUCAGUUUGGAUGAUACAAAUGUUUUGAUCACUAAAACAAAUUGUUUCUUUGUCAAGAAAGAAUGCCACAAAAACACAAACCAAACCAUUCUUAAAUAAAUGACCAUUGAGAAGGAAAGAAUGAAAAUGCCAAUUCACCCUUCCUAUCAAUUUCAAACUAAUUAACAUUGUGACCAUAAAUUUGGGUAAUACAUUCAGUAAUUUUUUUUUACAUGAAAAUUAUUGGUAUGAUUUAUUGGAAGUAAAGUAAUAUUAAAUGCGGAUAGUGUUCUUAGGCAGAAGUAGAACACCAAAACGCAAACAAUUAAAAGAAUCCCCAACCACCUCCCAUAUCCUCAAUAACUACCCAAUAUCUCAUCACUUUCACUCCCCAUUCCUAAUUUUCCCUCCUACAUCAACGCAACCUUUCAUUGUGAACUGAAAAUCUCCGACCGCCAAAUGGUUCACCCGGUCGAAGACGCCGACGAGCGGAGCCCCUUCGGCUCUCUCACCGCCGAUGAGUUCUAUGCUCGUCAUUCUGUGACUCACGGCUCCGAAUUCAUCACCAAUUCCAGGGGCCUUAAACUAUUCACUCAAUGGUGGAUCCCUCAACCUCCGAUCAACCCAAUCGGAAUCAUCGCCAUCGUCCAUGGCUUCACCGGCGAAUCUAGCUGGUUCAUACAACUUACCGCCGUCCAUUUUACCAAGGCCGGAUUCAUCACUUGUGCCAUUGAUCAUCAAGGCCAUGGAUUCUCCGAAGGCCUUCAGUAUCACAUACCUGACAUUAACCCCGUCGUUGAAGACUGUAUUUCCUUCUUCGAUGCAUUUCGUGAGCGUCACGCGCCGUCCUUACCUUCCUUCCUCUACUCGGAGUCCUUGGGCGGCGCGAUUGCCCUUCUCAUCACGCUCCGUCAGAAAUCGACAACCGAGAACUCGCGACCGUGGAAUGGCGUUGUUCUCAACGGCGCCAUGUGUGGAAUCAGCCCCAAGUUCAAACCACCAUGGCCAUUGGAGCACUUUCUAUCAUUAGCUGCUGCUUUGCUUCCGACUUGGCGCGUGGUUCCCACGCGCGGAUCAAUACCGGAUGUUUCUUUCAAAGUUGACUGGAAACGGAAGCUUGCAACGGCGAGUCCCCGACGCGUGGUGGCGCGUCCUAGAGCGGCGACCGCGCAGGAACUUAUGAGAGUGUGCAGAGAGUUGCAGGAGAGGUUCGAGGAGGUGGAGGUUCCAUUACUGAUAUCGCACGGCGGCGACGAUGUGAUCUGCGAUCCGGCGUGCGUGGAGGAGCUAUACCGACGCGCCGCCAGUAAAGAUAAGACGCUGAAGAUAUAUCCGGGUAUGUGGCAUCAGUUGAUUGGCGAGCCUAAAGAGAAUGUGGAGCUUGUAUUUGGGGAUAUGGUUGAGUGGCUCCGAAGUAGGGUUGCCGGGGAUGUUUCUGUCAUGGCGGCCGGAGGAGAGUGAUCCACCGCCGAAGCACAAUUAUGUCAAUUUAACGUUGCUUUUUAAUAAAUGUUGGUUAGUUUCGAGGGUUUUGGCUGGAAA